GAGAUAAGUCUGUUAGCCUUUGCAAAAAAAAACUCUAGGAAUCUUUACUUUUUUUGCUGACAAUCAAUAUAUACAGAGGGUAUAAUAGACAGAAAAGACGAGAAACUUUUGUUUUGCUCAGUCUCUUUCCAGAGGAAAAAGAAAGGAACAGAAGGCCAGCUAAAGUGGAUCCCUGACAAGAAUACCAGUAACAAGAAGAUGUUGCGAUUUUCAGUGCUCCUGUUCCUUGUUGUCUUAAUGCCUAGUACUGGAAAGAGACAAAGAUGUCUAAGAGGGGCUGGUCACAAGCUAAGGCCUACCCCAGAGAAAUACUUGCAGGAAUGUACCCUAUAUGCCGAAUCUGCCUGUUGCUCUGCAGACAUUACAGAAGAACUGGCUCAUUCACCAGUCAUUAAAGUACAUACCACCUUCUGGAACAGAUGUGGAAAUCUUAGCCCAGCAUGUGAAACUUAUAUGAAGAAAAUAGAGUGCUUUUAUAGGUGCUCACCAGAUAUUGUUCACUGGGCCCAUCCCAAACAAGCAGCUGCUAUUUCUUCUGUUCCUAUAUGCCAAGGAUUCUGUGAUAACUGGUAUGAAGCUUGUAAAAGUGAUCACACUUGUGUCAGCAACUGGUUGACUGAUUGGGAAAUUGAUGAUAAAAGAGAAAAUCACUGUACGAAUGAGUGCAUCCCAAUCAGUGAGAUGUAUGCCAGUGGAACUGACAUGUGUGAGAAAAUGUGGGGGGAUUCACUGAAGGUAACUCGCUCCCCCGGCCUCUGCUUCGAGAUGGAUGAAAUGGAUCAAAAGAUAUUCAAGAGCCUUUCGAAUAGAUACUCCAGCAGCAGCAGCUUUAGUAGUAGUAGUAGUAGUAGUAGCAGCAGCAGCAGCAGCAGCAGCAGCAGCAGUGAUGAUGUUAAAAGAUUCUGCCCUCACAGGAAGCCCAGGAGAAGAGAGCCGGAGGAAUAGGAUAAAAGCCUGGAAAAUAGUGAACAUUCAGAUUUGGUGACAUAUGAAUUGUAUGAAUCUUCACCUGACAAAUAUCCUACCUGAAAACCACCAGGAAUCAGGCAGUAUCGCUUGCUCUGGCACCAAAGUAAAAUUAGAAGCUAUGCAAAUUGCUGAUUUCCAAAGUACUACUAAUGACCAAUAAAUAAAUAAUGACUAAACAUCCAA